CAUAACCUACCAUGAUUUUGUGCGCUUUCGUCGCUUGAUUUGUAUUCAAGUUUUGUAAACAGUUGUUGUUUGCAGCGAUAACUACAGAACGGAAUUAGAGUAUCAAAGUACGAUUACAAUAUGAGCGUUCUGCAUUGCAUUCAUUAACUAAUUUCAUUCUGUGCUAUUUCUGUCAAGAAUGUCUUUCAAUAAAGAUGAACCCUGCCAGGCAUUAUUUGAUAACUCCAACAACGUUCUGCGUGUUAUGCAUAAUUUAUAUACAGAUAAUAUAAUGUCUGAUGUAUUCCUCAAAGUUGGCAACAAAGUACAUGCAGCUCACAAAUUAAUAUUAUGUGCCUUUAGUGAUGUAUUUCAGGCUAUGCUCAUGAGACGUGAGUGGGCAGAAUGGAGUGAGAGUCAUGUUGUUCUACAAGAAUUACCACAAUGUGAACCAGUUUUCCAUCAUUUCUUAGAAUAUUUUUAUACUGGCAAGAUUCUCAUCACACAUACAAAUGUUAUGGGCAUUUUGUGUCUUGCAGAUAAGUAUAUAGUCAAGAGUUUAACUCGCCUAUGCACGGAAUACAUGUGUCAACAUAUUUCACAUGCCGCAUCACACAAUGUGCUCUUCUCAUGGCUGCAGUACACAAUUUCCUGCAAUCAUGAAGAAGCUGCCCUAAAAUGCAUGAAUUAUGUCAAAUGGAACCUUGAAUCAGUGGCAAACACGCCUGAAUUUGGCGAUUUUGACGCGGAACUCUUCUCAACCGUUCUGCAACAGAAUGAUUUAGUUGUCUACAACGAAAUGGUACUGUUUAAUUUCGUUUUGCGCUGGUUAGAUCUACAAAAAAUCGCCAUGUUAAAUUCGGGUUUACCGCGCGACGAAAUUCAAAAACACAUGAAACAUUUAGUCGAAGCUAUUAUGAGUCACAUUCGUUUUCCGAUGAUGACUCCGCGAGAAUUGGCUGAUUUGUUAUUGUCGCCACUUAUAAAGGAACACAAAGAAUUCUUUGUGGAUCGCAUGGCGAUAGGAAUGAUAUUCCACGCUGGACAAACCGAUCGGUUGAAGAGUUUAUGCGCCACCGAAGAAGGCCAACGCUUGCUCACACCACGAUUGUACACGUGCGAUAACUUCAGCGCAAUUAUGCUAAUCGAAAACGUACUCAGUUUGCCAAAUUACCACACAAACACAUUCGUGUUCUAUUCGAAUAUGUCGGCGGCCGAUUGCGAGUCGGAUAAAUUGUACGAAUGGGUCGUCGACUUGUAUCCGCGCGGCGUGUGGUUCAAGCGGUGUUACCUCAUCGUGUGGCAGGGUAUCCUGGAGGUACCCGAGGAGAUUCUGAAAACGGUCCGGUUGUCCUUGUCGUUCCGCGGGCAAAUUGAUGAAGGCGCCAGCAUGAAAGUACGCGUGGGUAUUUUAAUUUACGCCAAACAAGGCGGUAUCGAAUCUAUCUACAAUGUCAUCGAAAGGAAUCAUCAUUUUACCGAACAAGACCGACUGUUGAACAUUGACAAUUUCAUACCGUUUGAGGAAUUUAACGCCUCGGCCGCGGAUAGUGUGGCUUGGCCUUUUCCUGCUGGUACCACUGGUAUCUCAGAGGAUAGCGAGAGCUCAACGCAAAAUGCAAAAACUAGUCGAUAUCUCAUUGGUCCCAAUUGCGAUCAGCUCAAAAUUAACAUUGUUAUAACGCCUAGGUGUCCAGACUAUGGUGGUAAUGGACAUCUGGUAAGUGACACUACUAGUAAUCCAUAUACAUUAAUUGACACUUGAUAACAUUAACGAACAAUAGUGGAAAAUAAUUUCGAUUGGUAGAUUUCCAUAACUCAGGGCUUUAAAUAUUAUAGACGCGAAGAGUCGUUUCGGCACAUAUUUUACAUUUUAAGAUAAGCUAAUGUACUUUUCUUGUUUUCACACUUUUUACUUAAGUUAUUCCAAGAAUAUGAAAGUAUUUAUAGUCAUAUUUGUUUAUUGUCAAUUUCGACGCCGAAAAUCGAACAUAGUAACAUCUAUACCAGGACGUAUGUUAAAUUUAAAUCUUGUAAAUAACACUGUUCAAAAAUAUAAUGUUACAUAGAAUCA